GCCUACAAACUAUUUGGAGAGUCUUUAAAAUUUCUUGCACAACAUAGUUUUUGAGAAAAUUAAAGAAAAUAUGACUUCACCACCAUUUUCUAAUGGAGUAACAGGCAAAGGUGGUCGGAUUCUCAUUGUCGGGGCGACCGGAUUCAUCGGACGAUAUAUAGCACAAGCAAGUCUUGAUGCUAAUCGAAGAACUUAUAUUCUUAUUCGAUCAUUCCCAGAUUGUCAUUCUAAGAUUAAAUUGAUCAAAGCAUUUGAGGAUAAAGGAGCCAUAACCUUGCACGUAAAAGGUGAUAUAAAUGACCAAGAUUAUAUGGAGGAGAUGCUAAGGAAACAUGAGAUUGAUAUAGUAAUAUCAGCUGUAGGUGGUGAUAGUAUACUUGAUCAACUUGCCCUUGUUCAGGCCAUGAAAUCUGUUGGAACUAUUAAGAGAUUUUUGCCAUCAGAGUUUGGACAUGAAGUAGACAGGUCAGAUCCAGUGGAACCAGGGCUAAAUAUGUAUAAGGAGAAAAGGAAAGUGAGAAGGUUGAUAGAAGAGCUAAAUAUACCCUACACUUACAUUUGUUGCAAUUCAGUGGCUUCUUGGCCUUAUUAUGACAAUAAACAUCCUUCUCAAGUUCUUCCUCCUCUUGACCAUUUCCAAAUAUAUGGUGAUGGCACUGUUAAAGCUUAUUUUGUGGCUGGUCCUGAUAUUGGAAAGUUCACUAUCAAAGCAGCAGAAGACUAUAGAACUGUGGACAAAUGUGUACAUUUUCGACCACAAUGCAACUAUUUUAACAUGAACGAACUUGCUUCUCUUUGGGAAACUAAAAUUGGUCGAACAUUACCUAAAAUCACAAUUACUGAAGAUGCACUUUUAGCUGUUGCUGCAGAGAAUAUCAACCCCAAAAGUGUAGUUGCAGCUCUAACACAUGAAAUUUUCAUAAGGGGAUGUCAAAUUGAAUUUUCAAUUGAUGGCAUAAAGGACCUUGAAGUUUGCAAUUUGUACCCUAAUGAGUCCUUUCGCACCAUUGAUGAGUGCUUCAAUGAUUUCUUUUUAAGAAUGGAUGAGAUGUGCAUCAAAAUGCCUAUUAACUAGACUAGUUUGCAAUUUUUGCUAUUUCAAUCCAGCUAUCUUGUCCUUUUAUUCUAAACUUAUGUUGAAAGACAUUUUUCUUUCUCCAUUUUUCAUGAGUAAAACAGUUAUUUUCUUUUUUACUUAUUUUUAGGUAAUAUUUGCCCUAAUUUUCGAUGUAAUAUUUUCCUUUUUUUAUGCAAUUCAUUUAGUAGCUUUUUCGUGUUU